AUGGUGCGUGGCGUAAUUUGCGAGGAGAAACAAGUGCCCCUGUCGCUGCUGCUGGCGGAGGCGGUAGCCGCGCAGGCGGGUGACGUGAAGGCUGCGACCACUUCAGAGGUCGCUGCUGACCCUAAGGCUGAUGCAGGCCCCGUGGCGUUGACGCCUGAGCAGGCAGUUAAGGCGGUAGUGGCCAUCCGGUUGCAGCACGGCAUGAGCAGUGGUAACGCAGCCAUAGAGGGCCCCGCGCUGGCUAUGGAAAAGGCCUUCAGAGAGGCGGGUGAGAAAUUAGUCAAGGGUGAAGCCGUGGACACGCAAGCGCUCAAGAAGGUUGUGGUGGAACCCCGGGAUGCACAUCUCAUCAAGGACAUUGCCGACGCCAAGAAGACCGCCGAACGUUUCUUCUGGGAAGGCAGCAUGCGCAGUCUCUCCAGAGACACAUACCCUUCCUUGAUGGCCCUCCUUAACGGCACCAUGAGCUACGACGAGGAACAAACCGCCGCUCUUAGCAAACUCCUCAAGGACCCGGAGCUUUCCCGAAUACUCUCACCGGAGAUGAGAAACUUGUUCCAAUACCUUUCCGGUAUGAGACAACCUGGUGCUGGCGAUGACGACGACGAGGAUUUCGUCAGCGAUGAACUUAGCGACGAGGAUGACAGCCUCGAAGACUCCGCCUAA